AAACCCCUAAAACCCCAAGCCACUGGAACAGCGAGUCUCCCUCUCUCUCUCUGUAACAUUUCGUUUCUGAAUAGAACCCAGAUGGCUUCUUUGGCCCUUAGAAACCCUAAUUCGAAGCGACUUUUACCAUUCUCCUCACAAUUCUACUGCUGCUGCCGAGGAUCGCCAUCUUCCCUAACUGAAUCUCUUCUCUCGUCAAAUGACAGAACCUCUUCUUCUCCAUGGUGGAGAUCCAUGGCCACCUUCACCAGAACUAAACCUCAUGUGAAUGUGGGAACAAUUGGACAUGUUGAUCACGGCAAGACUACCUUGACUGCUGCUAUUACCAAGGUGCUAGCAGAAGAAGGGAAAGCCAAGGCCAUUGCUUUUGAUGAAAUUGACAAGGCCCCUGAAGAGAAAAAGAGAGGAAUUACGAUUGCAACGGCCCACGUGGAGUAUGAAACUGCUAAGCGUCACUAUGCCCAUGUAGACUGCCCUGGUCAUGCAGAUUAUGUUAAAAAUAUGAUUACUGGAGCUGCUCAAAUGGAUGGUGGAAUUCUGGUUGUAUCUGCUGCUGAUGGGCCCAUGCCACAAACUAAGGAACAUAUUUUGCUUGCUCGCCAGGUUGGUGUACCAUCACUCGUGUGCUUUCUGAAUAAAGUUGAUGUUGUAUCAGAUCCAGAGUUAAUAGAGCUUGUGGAAAUGGAAGUCCGAGAACUACUCAGUUUCUACAAGUUUCCUGGAGAUGAAAUCCCUAUUGUUCGAGGAUCGGCAUUGUCUGCUUUACAGGGUACAAAUGAGGAAAUAGGUAAGAAAGCCAUUUUAAAGUUGAUGGAUGCUGUGGAUGAAUACAUUCCUGAUCCUGUGCGUCAACUCGAAAAGCCUUUCUUGAUGCCAAUAGAAGAUGUUUUCUCAAUUCAGGGACGUGGAACGGUUGCGACUGGACGUGUUGAACAAGGGACCAUCAAAGUUGGUGAAGAAGUUGAAAUUUUGGGACUAUCAAAAGAAGGUCCUAAGAGAACUACAGUGACUGGUGUUGAGAUGUUCAAGAAAUUGUUGGAUCAAGGACAGGCUGGAGACAAUGUGGGUCUUCUCCUUCGUGGUUUGAAACGAGAAGAUGUGCAACGUGGGCAGGUUAUUGCCAAGCCUGGAACUGUGAAAACUUACAAGAGAUUUGAGGCAGAAAUAUACUCCCUCACGAAGGAUGAAGGAGGGCGUCAUACUGCAUUUUUCUCCAACUACAGACCUCAGUUUUACUUGCGAACUGCAGAUAUCACUGGAAAAGUAGAGUUGCCAGAAAAUGUGAAGAUGGUCAUGCCUGGGGACAACGUGACUGCAAUCUUUGAGCUAAUCUUACCAGUUCCUCUUGAGAAAGGACAAAGGUUUGCCUUGAGGGAAGGAGGAAGAACAGUUGGAGCAGGGGUAGUCUCAAAAGUGCUUCAGUGAGUGGUGGUGACGAUGGAUCCUAAAGGGGCAGGUUAGAAGGCCAGAUUGAUAUUUGAUAUAUAAAAAAAAGUGCCUUGUGGUUGGUUAUUGGACUUGCACCGAUGCAAUGUUUUUCCAGGUGCUGCUAAAAAAGUUAACAGUCGGUGGAUUGUUGUCUGUAAUUCCACAUCAGUCGCGGACAAUUAAUCGACAUGUUUUGACCAUUUUGCUUCGGUUGUUUUCUUUUUAUUUUUAAAUAAUAUCCGUCAAAAUAGUAAUGAUUCUAGACUAAUACCCUAUGAUUGACCUUUCUUUGAAAAAAAUUCUCUAUUUUUUGGGUGAAUAGGGCUGGUUGAGACUGUAAAAGUUUGUUUCAGGAAGAAUUGGUUGAAUGUGGUGAUAAUCAGUGUAAAUUACCGAGUCCA